CGUUUCGCUGUUCAAAGUAAGACCUCCAUUUCAGAUCUAGCGUUAGGGUUCUCAGCUACUCCACAGAGGACCUCCGAGGCCCGAAACCAUGUCGUCGGCUUCUCGCCCUUGGCCGGGCUACGGCGCCAUACCCACCGCACCCGAGGAGGCGGCGGAGCCGCUCUCUCCGCGGGUCCCCUUCGCCUCCGGUUCCCGCGCUGUCGAGAUGUUCUCCCGCGCCAAGGAGCGCGGCACGGCCCUGGUUGCCACCCGGCGGCCCUGGCGCGAGCUCGCUGCCCCCUCCGCUUUCUCAAGCCCUUACGGCUACCGCGACGCUGUGGCCCGUGUCCGCCGCAACCUCGCCUACUUCCGCGUCAACUACGCUCUCGUCGCCCUCUUCGUCCUCUUCUGCAGCCUCCUCUGGCACCCCGUCUCCAUGAUCGUGUUCCUUGCCGUCUUCGUCGCCUGGUUCUUCCUCUACUUCUUCCGCGACGAGCCGGUGGUGUUCUUUGGCCGCGCCGUCGACGACCGCCUCGUGCUGGCUGCGCUCUCCCUGGUCACCCUGGUCGCUCUCCUGUUCACGCACGUCGGAUUGAACGUUCUGGUCUCGCUGAUCACCGUCGCUGUGCUCGUCGGACUGCACGCCGCAUUCCGCUUCACGGAUGACCAAUUCCUGGACGAGCAGGAAGUGGCUGAUGGGGGCUUGCGGUCGUUUGUUGGCAGCCGAGCUUGACCGUACUCAACCUUCCCAAUCAAAAAACUGGUUUGACAUAUUCUAUCACCGUUUUGCUGAAAUUGAGGUUUGAUGGAGCGGUUUUUGUUGCGAUCAUGUCGAAUUUGUCGGAGGGUGCUUCAACCGAUUGCCACUUUGGUAGGAUCAGAUUCGUGGUGGAUACUGACUGUGCCGGCAUUUUCUGCCUUCUGGUAAAGUGAUCUCUGACUUUGUUUGGUUUAGAGAAGUCAAAAUCUUCAUUUCUUUUGCUUGAUCUGAUUACUCUUUGUGAAUGCUAACCUGGAAAAUUGAUCAUUUUCCUCACAAGGUUGAUAUUUUAUCAUUAUCCUGUAUUUUUUGCUCCCUCUUUCUAUCAUUAUCAAUGAGCUUUGUAUUUGAUGGGUAUAAAUUGUAUAAUUAUUAUGCUAAAUUUUCAUAUAUUGUCAUUGUUGUUAUUUUA